UAGGGAUUGCAAUGCUGGAUCCGCAAUCCAGCAAUCCAGCUGGAUCCAGCGCCUUUUUUUGCCUGCUGGAUCCAGCACCCGGUGCUGGAUCCAGCAAUGCGGAUCCGCAUUUUCAAAUAAUGGCGCGAAACUGCGCAACCGACCGCCGGCGUUGCGUUGCCGCUCCGUUCGUGGUAGGAGCGACGUUGCCGUUCAUUCGCAUUCAUUUGUGACUGUUGUGGCCUUGGUUGUGGCACGUGCUACCCCCCUCUCUACGCCGCACUGCCCACCCUUGACCCGUGCUGAACUGUUCUAGCGCGCUCAGUCGUGAGUUGACUUUUGCUAUGUAAUAAAGUGACUUCACGCUAAAUGUCUUCUUCGCUCAGUUAAGUUCUAUGUCGUCUGCGUGUUUUGUAAGUAAUUCAAACUUUAAUUUAAAUUUUACGCCCAUAAACAUAAUAAAUGUAAUCAGUGAUCGUGUUCACGGCCUGGGUGGGAGUCGUGGGACUGUGAAAAUCAAAACAUAAAUGAGAGUCAAGGCGUUUUUGUUUAAUUCAGUAUUAAAUAAAGAGGUGAAUUAGUGUACUUAUAAUAAAAGUCAGCUAAUUUACUACAUUUUCUAUCUAUUUUCUGAUUACUUUUGCUUUCCCGCCGGCACGUCUCGGUCGGAUUUUCAGUAAAAUUAACUUGGACUCACCGUCUACACUACUCCCCAUACCUACAUCGAAUUACUGAACUGGUUACAGCUUGGUCAUCCUAACCUAAAUCGAACGGCUAAUAGAAUAUUCAUUAAGUGAGCAUUAUGUUACAGUUUUAUGACUUAGUGUUAAUGUAAUACUGCUGGACAACUUUCUACUAUGAUUACUUACUACUAAAUGGGUAUUUAAUUGAUUUUUUACACUUUUCAGAUUUCAAGCCUAAUUUCCAGAGUUCGCCAACAUUUUUAAUACAGACCUACAUAAAACAAUACAUUAACUUCAGGAUUCGAACUCGUAAACAAAUAAUAGUAUUGAUAAAUAAUAAUGUCUCUUUCGAAGCCAAGUCUGCAAAACGAAUGCGGUGAAAGUGAUGAUGAAAAAAAAUUAUUAUGGGACUACUUCGAAAAAAAUAAUGAUGGUCGAAGUGCCAAAUGCUCUUUAUGUUCAAAAACUCUGCUGAUUAGUAACCGUUCAUCAACAGGCUUAAAGGGCCAUCUACAAAAGAUACAUUGCGUCAACGUUACUUCUGCAUCGAGUUCAAAAGCAAACAGUAGAUCAUCAGUUUGUAACAAAAAUACAGUAGUUCCCACAGCAACCACGUCUAAAAAUGACGACGACCAGGAGGUUAUUAUUGUGCCGAAAAAGAAGGCUAAGAAAACUAUUGAUGCCUAUUUUGUAAAAGAAAAUUCGAUGGAAGCUAUGGUUACCAGGAUGGUGUGCAGGGAUGGUCUUACGCUGAGUUCAUUUUGUUCAUCUUCCGAUUUGAGACGUUUAUUUUCCAAAAGUGGAUUCCAAUUACCGAAUUCUCCCAACACUAUAAGGUCGAUAAUUACCGACUUUGCCAACGCUGUUGAAGCAGAUUUAAUAAUAGAAUUCGCAAAUUUAAAAAAACAAGGACAAAGAUUUUCGUUGAGCUUUGAUGAGUGGACUUCCCAAAAAAAUCACAGAUAUAUAAAUCUCAACGUGCACCAUAAAGAGACUCAUUUCAAUCUUGGCCUGAUCAGAAUACACGGAUCCUGUACUGCUGAACACUGCAUUACAUUAGUGUCACAAAGGUUGAAAAAAUUUGGUUUAAACUUGGAAACCGAUAUCAUUGGUAUCACUACUGAUGGCGCGAGCGUGAUGGUAAAAGUUGGUAGACUCUUACCUUGUUAUCAGCAACUCUGCUUCGCGCAUGGGAUCCAGUUAGCUGUGGUAGAUGUUCUCUACAAAAAAAAAACUCAACCAGAAGAAAUAAAACACACAGAAAUAGACGAAGAUGACGCUGACGAAUAUGAAGACGAAGAAACGGAAGCCAAUGAACGUUUAGAAGUAGUGAUUCAAUCAACACCGGCUGAUGUAAUUCCUCGAUACAACGAACUUCUCAAAAAAGUGCGAAAAGUUGUUAAGACUUUCAGAAAAUCACCGACCAAGGAUGACAUGUUUUUGCAAAAAUAUGUAAAGGAAGAGAAGGGCAAAGAAUUGAGUCUGAUUCUAGACUGCCAAACUAGGUGGAGUAGUCUGUUUGUAAUGCUGGAACGGUUCUACAAUUUGAAAAAUUGCAUCGAUAAAGUGCUAAUAGAUGCCGGCUCCGACACCAAAAUCUCCGCUGACGAGUGGUCACAAAUCAACGAAUUAAUUGCCUGUCUUCAACCAGUUAAACUGGCCGUAGAAGUUCUAUGUAGAAGAGAGUCAAGUUUGGCAACUGCUGAUACGAACCUAAAAUUUGUGUUAGACAAACUCAAAGGCCAAGACACUGCCUUGAGUGCUGAGCUUUCCGAGGCACUCCGAAAAAGAAUUGGAGAACGGCGGCUUAACGAAAUCACAGGGUUGCUGAUUUACUUACAGAAGCCAAAGAAGUAUGAACAAGAAGUUAGAAAGCCCGAUGAUACUUUCACGAUGCCUAAGAAGAAUGUGUUGCGUCAGGAGAUGAAAAAUAUGCUGAAUCGUGUAAAUGAAGUAGCGGAAUCGGCAGCCGAAGUGGAAGAAGAAGUAAUGGAAAUAGAUAACGUGGACGAAAAUCUUACAUUAGAACAACAACUAGCUUUAGAACUGAAGCGUGAAAAAGAAAGUUUUAUAAAACCGAAAACAAAUGUGAAGGACUAUGACAAAAAUUUAAAAAAAGAGAUGAGCUUAUUCGAGACUGAGGGUGUCAGAGGUGAGAAUCUAUCCCUCAUUUAUGAUUUCCUCAUGACCCUGAAACCAACCAGCGUAGAGGCAGAAAGGGCCUUUUCCGCAGCCGGAUAUAUAUGCAGCAAAUUAAGAAGUAGAUUAACAGACAAAACUAUAAAUACCAUUUGCUUUCUGAGAGCCUUUUUCCAUAAAACCCAGAAAAAGUAA